CAUUGAACAGAGUGAACAGGCGAUAGAUAGAUAGACAGACUUUGUUUUGGUUUUGGAUUUGAACGCGACGAUUUGUUUAUUUUAGAAUAUUUAUCUAUUUAAAUUGAAAAAAUACAAACAUAAUGCCAAAACCGAUUUGCAGUCAAUGCGGAACCAACGAUUCUAUGUUAUGGCGAAGCGCAGAAAACGGACAAAUCUGUAAUGAUUGCCACUUUUCAACGGUGACACCGAAGGAAUCAAAAUUGGACAGCAGUAUUAAAACCGAUUGUGAAGACAUUAAGGAAGACAAAGAUAAUGGUAAAAAUGAGGAGUCUACGCCGGCUAAAGCUACCGGCAAGGGCACUAGGAAAAGCACUAGAUCAACGAGAUACAAACCUAAAACACCUGCUCCACCGCCACUGAAGCAGCCGGCGCCGCGGGGCAGAGGACGCAGGAGUCUAUUCAAAAGGCAGCCAUUGAAAGCACCAACAGCUACAGCGACUGUUGUUACAAGUGAUUCAGUAUUUUAUCAGGGUAUGUACAUGCAAGUUGGUGAUAUUGUUUCGAUGACUGACAUCGAUGGUGGCACAUACUAUGCCCAAAUUAGAGGCUUCCUAACUGAUGAGUACUGUGAGAAGAGUGCAGCUGUUACUUGGUUAUUACCUACAAAAGCGAGCCCACCUCCAGAGAAAUGUUUUGAUCCUGCUACAUAUAUCAUUGGCCCUGAAGAAGAGCUGCCUCGGAAACUGGAAUACAUGGAAUUUGUGAUGCAUGCUCCAUCUGAUUACUACAAAGCGAGCAACAGUCCAUACCCACUGACUGAUAAUGAACUGAAUAAUUAUACUGGUUUUGUAUGGACUUCGAUGGACGCUAAAGAGAGAACGUAGACUUUAUUUGAGCAAAGUGAACAUUUUGUUACAAAAAAAUACUGUUUAUGUCUAGUUUUAUUAC